GGCUGGUCGUGGAUAGAGAGGAUUCCCGGGAGCCGCAGCCAUGACUGAGGCUGAUGUAAACCCGAAGGCCUAUCCGCUCGCAGAUGCGCACCUCACCAAGAAGCUACUGGACCUCGUCCAGCAGUCGUGCAACUACAAGCAGCUCCGGAAAGGAGCCAAUGAGGCCACCAAAACCCUCAACAGGGGCAUCUCAGAAUUCAUCGUGAUGGCUGCAGAUGCAGAGCCCCUAGAGAUCAUCCUGCAUCUCCCGCUGCUCUGUGAAGACAAGAACGUGCCCUACGUGUUCGUGCGCUCCAAGCAGGCACUGGGGCGGGCCUGUGGGGUCUCCCGGCCAGUCAUCGCCUGUUCCGUCACCAUCAAAGAAGGCUCUCAGCUGAAGCAGCAGAUCCAGUCCAUCCAGCAGUCUAUCGAACGGCUCUUGGUCUAAGCCUCUGGCCUCUCCCUGGCUCUCCAUGCGACUCCACCUCCAAAGUUAUGUAUAUUAUCUGUGUUAGCCUGUAGCGUUUUCAGUAGCUUUGUUAUAAAAUAUUGUCUAAAUUUGG